GUUUAAAGCCGCACCAUCGCUGCCUGCUACCUCGCACCGCCUCUGCAGGAUCCUUUUAAGGACAAGAGGCGUCAUUAUUUUUCCGUUUAGAACUCAUUUGACGGCUUUUUCAUUAUUUCUACCCGUCGUGUAGAUUUCCUGUCAAUUGGAAUUGGAAGGAGGUGACAAGGUUAGCCGCUGCAUGGUGCAGUCCGCCGGACGGACGCACCUAACCCCGCAAUGGUGUGUUUCUAUUUUGCUUUUUGACACCCAUGACGAGCGAGCGGACUUCUGUUCUUAGCUCCUGGUUUAUUUACAGACCGAUAUAUUUAUGGUGAUUCAUAUCCCGAGCUCGUAGCCGGUGAGGCAAUGCAGCACGUCGGCGGGUGCUUAUCGGCAGGUGGAUGGCCAACCUGACGCAAAGCCUCUUUAAAACCGACGCCCCGAACGUACCACCGGACAUACUAAAAUCAUGCUUCCAGGGGUAGGCGUUUUUGGAACCAGCCUGACCGCCAGGGUGAUCAUCCCUCUGUUGAAGAAUGAGGGAUUCGCCGUCAAAGCGCUUUGGGGUCGCACGCAGGAAGAGGCGGAGGAGCUCGCCAAGGAGAUGGACGUCCCAUUUUACACCAACCGGAUCGACGACGUGCUGCUGCACCAGGACGUGGAUUUGGUUUGCAUCAACCUGCCGCCGCCUCUGACGCGGCAGAUCGCCGUCAAAACCUUGGGUAUCGGAAAAAACGUAAUUUGUGACCGGACAGCCACACCUUUAGAUGCCUUCCGAAUGAUGUCCGCAGCCCAGUACUACCCCAAGCUGCUGAGCAUUAUGGGAAAUGUCCUUCGCUUCUUGCCAGCAUUUGUUCGAAUGAAGGAGCUGCUGGAGGAAGGCUAUGUAGGGGAACUUCUGGUUUGUGAGGCGCAGGUCCAUAGUGGCAGUCUGCUUGGGAAGAAAUAUAACUGGAGCUGUGAUGACCUCAUGGGAGGUGGGGGCUUGCACUCUGUAGGCAGUUACAUCAUCGACCUGCUUACGUUUCUGACAGGCCAACGUGCCGCAAAAGUCCACGGCUUCCUCAAGACCUUUGUCAAACAGACGGAUCACAUCCGAGGGAUCCGGCAGAUCACAAGCGACGACUUCUGCACGUUCCAGAUGGUGCUGGAAGGCGGGGCCUGCUGCACCGUCACGCUCAAUUUCAACGUCCCUGGAGAAUUUCGACAGGAAGUGAUCAUCGUCGGAACGGUCGGGAGGUUAUCUGUCACGGGGACGGACUUGUACGGACAGAAGAACAACGGCGGUGGAGGGACUGAACUUCUUCUAAAAGACACUACACCGCUUGAAAAGGCUUCCUUACCUGAGAAAGCCUUCAGCGACAUCCCUUCUCCGUAUCUGACUGGAAUGAUCCGAAUGAUCCAGGCUGUUCGGCAAGCCUUUCAGGAACAGGAUGAUCGGCGGACAUGGGACGGUAGGCCUCUGACGAUGGCCGCCACCUUUGAGGAUUGUCUUUAUGCUCUCUGCGUGGUGGAUACGAUCAAGAAAUCUAACCAAUGUGGAGAGUGGCAGAACAUUGUGGUCAUGACAGAAGAACCAGAGGUCAGCCCAGCUUAUUUGAUCAGCGAAGCUAUGCGGCGGAGUCGUAUGUCUCUCUACUGUUGAAAUAGGCAAAGGAUCGAUCUCAAUUCUUUGGUGCACUGCUAUCCCUGUUUGUCAUUAUGACCUCAAUAGUAUGUUUGGUGCUGUCAAAUCUGUAUUGUUGUCACCUGAUGGGUCAACUCCAAUGAUAGUGUUUCUGCCUCAGUGGGAGAAGAGAAACAGCACGUUCAUAAUCAAAUAUUUAUAAGAAAGCUUUUUGGACAGCCUUUGCUUUUCCAGACUGGAGUGCAACUACUGUUACUGUGUUGUCUGUUACCAAAGGGGUAUUGCACCUCAAGCCUCCCGAAUCGGUCCGGAAGACAACACCACACUGUGAGUUUACGUGAGACCAGCCAAGGAAGGACAAAAGAGUCGUGCUGCUGUAAUUUUGCUUUGAUAAGAUGUACCUUACAGGUUAACUAAGUGAAUGUUAAGGAAAACAAAUUGUGCUUCAGGCAGCUUCUGUCCUUUGUGUUACACAAGAAAAGGGGAAUCAAUAGUUGGUCUGAUUUGUUUCCUAGUGGGAAAACUCAGCUUUACCCCCUUUAAAUAUUUCAUGUAUGUUCUUUUCUUCAGCCAGGACAGGCGUGUGUCACAACAGGAUCCUUGUGAAAACUCUGGGUUUUGUGCAACAGUAAGAGGGUUUUCUUUUGUUCCUCUGAAGUUUUGGUUUACAUUUGAAAAAAAAGUUCUACUUCAGAGGUUCUUCUGUGGUUGAAUUCAGCUAAAUGUAUGCCGCAUUAAAAAAAAAAAAAUCGUAUCAUACAGUGGUACCGCUACUUAAAAAACAUCUCUACAUACAGAAUGUAGGGUUACGACACACCUCAACGGUAAAGUAUUGCCUUUUGUUAUGAAAUAAAUUCCAGGAUACAAAAGGCAAAAAUACAGUAUGGCUGAUACACACAUCUCCAAGAGUUUACUGAACGUAACAUACUUGUAGCUGCUCUGCCAUUGGCUAUUGCCCAGCAUUACUGGCAUCUAGUUGGCUAAGUGGGACAUCUACUGUAUGUGUAUGUGUGUAUUCCAACACCCUUUCAUUCGCCCCUUGUGUUCCGACAACUUUACAUUAGUAUAUUAUCUUUUAUUCUUUAUUUUUGAUUUUUUACAUUAUACACAACUCAGAGUUUAUGUUUAUUGUUUAAUAAUAUAUUUGUACAUGUAUUUGUAACAUGUUUUGAUGCAUUUUUAUGCAUUUUAAAAGAUUUAUAUCUGAAUUUUGGGGGGCUUGAAACUGAUUAGGGCAUUUAAAUGGAAAAAUAACCAAAUUUUCAAGUUACGAAUUGCGAAACUACUUAAUUAACAAAUUAAUUUCAUAAGUAGAGAUAGCACUGUACAGUGAAGAAAAUAAGUAUUUGAACAACCUGCUAUUUUGCAAGUUCUCCCACUUAGAAAUCACUGAGGAGUCUGAAAUUUUCAUCGUACGUGCAUGUCCACUGUGAGAGAGAUCAUCUAAAAAGAAAAAUCCGGAAAUCACAAUGCAUGAGUUUUUAACAAUUUAUUUGUGUGAUACAGCUGCAAAUAAGUAUUUCAACACUUGUCUAACAGCUAGAAUUAUGACCCUGAAAGACCUGUUAGUCCACUUAUUAAAAGUCUACCUCCACUCUAUAUAAUACCCUUAAUCAGAUGCACUUGUUUGAGGUCGAUGGCAGCAUAAAAACACUUGUCCACCCCAUACAAUCAGUCAGACUCAAACUUGUAACAUGGUCAAGACCAAAGAGCUGUCCAAAGUAGGUUUGAAACGAUACAGUUAAGUCACAGUUCAGUACGAUUUUCGAUACGAGGGAAACAAUUUUCGAUUUGAUUCAAUUAGAGCUGAAACGAAUACUCGAGCAACUCGAGUAACUCGAGUUUAAAAACUGAUCCGAGAAAUUUUAUUCACCUCGAGUAAUCGUUUAUUUUGACAGCUCUAAGCAUUUGCUCAGACUACUUUUAAUGCGGGACAACGCGCUAAUGUCACGUGCGGGGAGGAAGAAGGAAAAAAAAAAACUUACUGCAGCCGACAGCCGCUACAAAUGACGCCGACGUUGCUAAAUACUAGCCCCCACGAUGCUAUGUUGGUAGCAGGUAGCGUCGGAUGUGUCUCAUAGGCUACGUUCAUACUACAGGUCUUAAUGCACGAAUCUGAUUUUUUCGCGUUUUUCCGACUCGAGUCAGGCAUUAACUUGACAGUCUGAACGUGACAAGUCGCAUAGAACUGGACCAUUUCAAAUCCGAUCUGGGUCACUUUCGUAUGUGGUUCAAAUCCGAUCUGGGCCACAUUUUUCCAGACUGUCGCGGCGGUCUGUACUGUCCACUCUCCCAAAUCGGAUUUCAUGCAGCAAUUACGUCAUCAAAUAGCGAGAGAGACGCUUACCGUAGCGGUGCCGCUGUGCGUUAUUAGCGCCUAGCUUGCAGUGAACAUGGCUUUUGGGGAAGGGCUGAGUUUGACAACAGUCAUAAAAAAUAAAAAUGGGUUGAGGAUAAGCCUGAGAAUGCUCAGUUUUCUCUCUGCUCCAAGUGAGCAAUAUUUCAACAUCGCCUACACGGCCGAGGUCGGGGCAAACUGCCCGUAUGUGUGUGUGACGUGCACGGACCGUGCGUGCAUGCUAUCGAUCCAUAUAAACUUUGAAUAUAAGCCUAAACGGGGAUUAUUUAUGUCUGUUAUUUGUGUCCUCCUUUUGAAAAGCAAAAUAUGAUAUCCCUGGAAUGACGGAUGACGUGUGUCAUUUGUUUUGAUACUUCUGCGCAUGCGGGUCGUCUUGCUCAGCGCGUGUCGGACCGCGAAUUAGUGCGUAUGCGUAAUACUUGAACGGUCUCAAUGGAUAAAGGCAGUCUGAACGGGCACGCCAAAAAAACGGAUAUGACAAAAAAACGGAUUCGUGCAUUAAGACCUGUAGUAUGAACGUAGCCAUAGAGAUCACAUGUAUGUUGAACUAGAUGCUUACAGACAGAUUCGGCCGCGUCUGGGCAGCGUUAGUAAACAGCCGCCAUCUUAAAGCAGUAGAGCGCUAAGCGCUAAUAAAGAGCGCUAAGCGCUAAUAAAAAAGAUUAACUUUACUGUACCUUGCUAACGUUACGUUAGCCCUGCGGAGGGCUAGGUUUGUAUUAAUUAUGACCACUUUCGAUGCGUGGCUAACGUGUCUUACAUACAGGCUUUAACAUAACAUAGCGUUGUGGAGUGACGAGGGUGUAAAAUAAAAACUCAAUAAUGCUAACUAGCAAUUUUAGCUCAGUAGUCAUUGCUGGAUAAAACACCAAGUAGCACUGGUCCCUAAUGUGCUCCAAUACAGCCUGUAUCAUACAUUUAUUUUGAACACUGCGAAAACUCAAAAUCAGGACUUACAGUUUAGACUAACUUAAAACUUAACUAGAACUUAAAAAUGGCUUGACACAAAUAGAAAUUCAAUUGAAACACAUGGGGGAAAAUCCUAACUUUUAAGUGAUGUGUGUUAUCAAGUGUAACCGCAUUUUUAGGUAAGAUACACAUAUAUAUUUUUUUUUGUUUGUUUGUUUGUUUUGUUUUUUAAUAAGAUCUAAAAGUUUUUUGAGUGAAAGCAGUGAAUUAGUCUUUUUUUUAUAUUCUAGUUACAUCUGGGAUGCAAUUGUUGGCUGUUUUCAACAAUAUACAUCAAAAAUAAAGACAUUGAUUGACUGAAAAUAGUUCAAGAUUAGAUGAAAUGUCUUGUUUUCUCAUGUAUAUUUAUUAUUGCUCUUCACCUAAAAAUAUAUUUGUUUUAACCGAUUACUAGAUUAAUCGAUAGAAUUUCCAGUCGAUUACUCGAUUACUAAAAUAUUCGAUAACUACAGCCCUCGAUUCAAAAUAUUUAAUGCUUUGGAAAAAAAAAUACAAGUUUUGUAUAGUAUAGUAUAGUAGUAUAGUAUAAAAGUGCUGAGAAUCUUUACUGUUCGUAAGGUGAGGCGGGGCACACUGUUAAUUGCUAUUACUCUCUUAGCAGGUAUGUUUACCACAUGAAAAAAAAACAUCCUAUUUGUGGUCUGAGUCCAUCUGUGUUAAACGUACUGAAUUAACAAUAUUUGCAGCAUUAUCCAUAGUCACUGGUAUGGAUUGGUUUGGCCUGCUUAACUUCCAUUCAGUCAUGGCGGUUUUUAAUUCAUCGAUGUAGUAUAUGGACUACGUGUCGCCUGCUCACUCUGGGCUCACGCAGCCAAUGGAAUGGGACUUGGGGGGAUCUAACGUAGCACAUCUAGGUUGCUAUUUCAUGAUAUCUAGUGUGUGCACGCGAGUGUUGUCGGGCAUUAAAAAAAGUUAACAAACGCCACACAAGUCACGUCUGCUCAAUCAUGCAUAACAUCAGCAUUUGACAAUCAACUUUCAUAAACAGGACGAGUUUGAAGUACAGCGCUCUUAAUUUGCCACUCAUUGUUCAUUAUGUAACUGUGAGUUACCUCUCUGUGACCCACGGUCUUAACCGUUUUUGCGUUUUGCGUUUAUUGUUGCAUCCUUAGUCCAAAGACACCAGAGACAAAAUUGUUCACCUCCAAAAGGCGAGAAAGGGCUAAGCAGCACUUGCUAAGCAGCAUAUUGAAAAAAGGUCCACUGUUGGAGCAAUCAUUAGAAAAUGGAAGAAGCUAAACAUGACGGUCAAUCUCAAUAGGAGUGGAGCCCCAUGGAAGAUAUCACCUCGUGGGGUCUCAGUGAUUCUAAGAAAGCUGAGGAAACAGCCAGAAUUACACGACAGGAGUUGGUCAAUGACCUGAAAACAUCUGGGACCACUGUUUCCAAGGUCACUGUUGAUAAUACACUAGAUGUCAUGGUUUGAAAUUAUGCAUGGCAUGGAAUGUUCCCCUGCUUAAACAAGCACAUGGCAAGGCCUGUCUGAAGUUUGCCUAUCACCAUUUGGAUGAUCCAGAGGAGUCAUGUGAGCAGGUUUUAUGGUCAGAUGAGAGUAAAAUAAAACUUUUUGGUCAUAAUUCCACUAACUGUGUUUGGAGGAAGAAAAAUGAUGAGUACUAUCUAAAAAACACCAUCCCUACUGUGAAACAUGGGGGUGGUAGCGUCAUGCUUUGGGGGUGUUUUUCUGCGCAAGGGACAGGACGAGUGCACUGUAUUAAAGAGAGGAUGAUUGGGGCCCUGUAUUGUGAGAUUUUGGUGAACAACCUCCCUCCUUCAGUCAGAGCAUUGAAGAUUGGUUAUGCCUGGGUCUUCCAACAUGAAAAUGACCCGAAAAACACAGCCAGGAAAACCAAGGAGCAUAACAAGGUUCUAGCAUGGCCUAGCUGGUCUCCAGAGCUAAACCUCAUAGAAAAGCUUUGGAAGGAGCUCAAACUGCGUGUUUCUCAGCGACAGCCCAGAAACCUGACUGAUGGGUGGGCCAAGAUCCCUCCUGCAGUGUGUGCAAACCUAGUGAAAAACUACGGGAAAAGUUUGACCUCUGUAAUUGCAAGCAAAGACAUACUGUACCAAAAAUUAACAUUCGCUUUCCUCAGGUGUUCAUGAACUUAUUUGCAGCUAUAUCACACAAAUAAAUUGUUUUAAAAAAUCAUACAUUGUGAUUUUGGGAUUUUUAGAUUAUCUCUCUCACUGUGGAUAUGCGCCUACGAUGAAAAUUUCAGACCCCAAAACCUCCAUGAUUUUUUAAGUGGGAGAUCUUGCAAAAUAGCAGGGUUUUCAAAUACUUAUUUUCUUCACUGUAUAUGUAAAGCCUACUUAACACAUGAAAUGUAUUGCUGGCUGGUUAGAAUGGGUAAAUAAACAAAAAACAAUGGCACACUGUAGCAUCAAGAUUGGGUAGUUGGGUUUUUUAUGACGAAAGCAUCCAUCAAAUGAUAUUUUGCUCAUUUAAGUUCUUUUUUUCCUAAUAGUCAAUCAUGAAUACGUUAUCGAAAAGAUGUCCACAAGGUCAGUUUUUGUUGUAAAUCCAGGUGGAAUUUAUUUGAAAUACAUUUUGAUAUAAAAUCUUUGAUGCUAUUUUUUCAAAUGAAAGUUUUACCCAUUUUUUGGACCCAUUUUAAAUAUUCAUUCCAAAAAGAUCUCAAUCCCUUAUUUCUGCACAUUUUCGUCUCGUCUAUUAAAAAAAAAAUAUUACUUUGACUCAUCAACCUCAAAAAGUGUUAAUACUGCUCCUUUUAAUUGGAGUUAGUUUACAUGUGUAUCAAAUGCAUACGCAGUCACAAUUUUUUGAACAGGAACACUGAACUGUACUUCUCUUACUGUAGAAAAGAAAUCACUGACUCAAAAUAUUUCCAAAACUCAGAAUAGGUGUCUAAUUUAUCACAAUUUAUAUGACUUGCAUCCAAAAUUGACCAAAAUAUCAGCCAAACUACAGUAUGAUACAUUAUCUUUAACCUACAAGCUGAAUAUAUUACUUUAUUUUAUUAUUUUAUCCUUUUUUUUUUUUUUUUUUUUUUUUU